AUGGUUGCCUUUAAACCCCCGUGCAUCUGUGAAACUGUAGCCGUGACACGUUUUCUUUAUCAGGCCUCCUUUGGCGACAAGCUCAACCCCAACAUCCUGAUGGAGUGGUUCGAGAUGCAGCGGCUGCUGGGCGUGGACAAGAUCCAGCUGAUGGACCUCCACAAUCCUGAGCCCAUCCAGAAGGUCUUUCGCUACUACACGGACCUGGGCCUGCUCGACCUUUUACCUUAUGAACUACCGGGUGAGCCAGCCCCACCCUUCAUCUACCCCUACCCGCUCGUCGCCAUGUCUGUUGUCACUGUCACCCUCACACCCGUGUCAGCAGCUAGGGCGGCCUAUAAUCGCGGCCUGGACUAUGGUCACUGGGUGGCCCAGCAGGCCUCGCAUGACGAGACGUUCCCCAUCCUGGACUGCAGACAGCGCCUGGCAGGCUACACCUUCGUCCUCGGCCACGACAUGGACGAGAUAGCCAUCCCGGCUCGCCACAUCGACCUCAAGACCUUCUUCAAGGAGCAGCUGCAGGUCUACCCGGAUGCUGCUGGUUUCUAUUUCUGGACUGAGUUCUUUGUCUACGACUGGGGCCCCGAGAACAACAACAGCGACAUCACCAUCUUCAGGUACCUCAACAGUACGCCGCCCAGGUGGGAGUGCAAGAAGUAUGUGUACCUGCCCAACCGAGUGUCGCAAGCACGCACCCACGCAUUUACCCCCCGCUCACCUUAUCGGACAUACAACCUGCCUCAGGAGGAAAUCCUUCUACACCACUACAGGGUGUGUCCUCAUGUGUGGGACACGUGCAACACGCCCAAAAUAACCGACUCCUCCGUCCUGAGGUUUCGAGAGAUACUAGUGGCGAGACUGGAGCAGGCGAGGGUAGCGACAGGCAUCAGGCCAAAGUGAGACACGAUUCCAUGACAACUGGGAUUCCUUGAGUGCGCCAGCCACCGACUGUGUGAAAUACUUGUCAGAUGUUUUAUCUCACUGGCAAAUCGCACAUACAGGCUCACAAUCGCUCGUGAAGAGACUGGACUUUCCUUCCGACAUCAAAAGGUACCCACAUACAGGUGUACACAAACUGCUGACAGCUGAUGGUACCCUGGGUACCCGACCCUAAACACUGAUGACGCCAAGAGGUACAGUGUGACAGAACACUUCGUGUUGCCAUAUAAGUCUAGGAUAGAACGUGUUUGUUCAUUGAACACACACACAUAUAUAUAUAUGCCAAUGUGCUUCCCGUAGACUGUAUAUAUGUUUAGUUUCAUUUUCAUGAUAACAACACAAAAACAACGCAAGAAUCAAUGUGCUACAAAGAUUUACCAAAAGAUUAACAUACCCUCAAAGCAGAAAUACACAGUUAACCCCCAUGAAGACAAAGUACGGGUUCGAAAUCCAAAGACGAGGCCUGAAUGUCUGUUGGAGAACAGUAGUGUCCUUAUACAUCAUUGUACAGAAAAUAUUCAGAGAUUCUAAGGCUAAGCAGCUCAUUCAAACAUUUGCAACACCUAGCACCAACAAACAGCCAUCAAUUCAUCUAAAGUAUCAUGCAUCACCUACCCUUCCCCCUUUCAUGAGAUCAUGUCAUAGUGUCUUCCGACAAACUUUUUAUCAGUUUCAAGAAAGUCCGACAAAUGUGUCGAAUAAUGUGGUCAUCAACCAACAUCUGAGCCAUCAACAGCGUCCCAUCCUGAAUUAUUGUAAAUUACAACUGCUGACUUCUGAACGGGUGCAAACUAGAGUCAACAACACUCGUAGCUUACCCCGGGGGUACCCAUACGCUGAUCCGCGGGUAAAGGUGGUUAUUAACACUGGGGUGGAUGACACAUCAACACUAAUGACAACAGCAAGAGUAGUCACACCUGCCCAUAAUCAGACUGGAAGACAACAUAUACUCCACCGGGUGGAGGUCACCUGGGUGGAACUAAGCGUCUUCGUCUAGCUACGAUACAAGACAACGAAAAAUAAAUAAAAAUUAGCAAAACAGUUACCUUGAGGGUUAGUAGGUCAGUAUUUCCUUUCCCACACGCAGUACAGACGUUGCGCAGGGUCAAAGGUCAGACUAGAGACCAGCAGUUCACUAUUUAAAAAAUACAGCGCGUGGUGACCUCCCGACACUCUCUGUUCAUCAGCACGUGACGCUCGUCUGACGUCGGGAAGCUCAUCAAAGAGACGGUUUGCUCGCUGCUGACGGGUACACACUGUCAUACACACCCACACACUGUGUGGAUAGGGUACGAUGCGUAAUAGUCGAGAGAAGUACACACAGUCCUACACAUUGCUGAGUGUAGAUGGUCUCACGGGUAGUUGACAUGCUGCUAACGUCAGUACCGGGUACUUACCUGUCGACACACUGUAGACGGGUACAGGUUGAUGUUAAUGACAGAUGUACCCGGGUAUACACCACAAAAGUGUUUUUAAUGCAUGCGAAGCAUUUUUAGUGUAAGUUCAGGUAUGUCUGCUUGAAGAUGUGUCUGAGUGACUGUUUUAUUUAUUGUUUAUUUUAUUGUUUGUUUUUUAUUUUGCUGAAUUGAUAACAAUGUUUACAAUACGAGUGUGCUAGUGAGUACACUUGUAGAUGAACUAAAGAAGGAUAAUAUAUGAGAAAACGAGGAAGGGAGAGAGAGAUGGGAGAUUGUUGUUGUUUACCGUCCAAACAGAUUGAACCAAAAGAAAUGAGUGAUCACAAAAUGCCAGUGACGAUUGUUUACAGAGUUUUAGCGGCGACAGAACAAUGAUCACACGAACAAAUGUUUGGUUAUGUGCAAUGUAGCGUGUUAGGUACGUGUUAUCUACGUGUUAGGUACGUGUUAUGUACGUGUUAUCUACGUGUUAGGUACGUGUUAUGUACGUGACAUCUUCUGUGCUCCUAGGUUUGUUCCACAUGAUUUUCACCUUUGAUGCUUGAGUUCGCUGUGUGUGCUUCAGGCAGUAGACAAGCUGCAUGCAACUGUUUCCCCGCCAUCAAGCUUUCAAAACAAAUGUUGGGCGAGAGGCGAGGGUGGCGACAUACGAGGUUAUGUGGGGCGAGGCGGACAGAGGGCGAGAUAAUAAGUUGAAACUAUACUAAGUAUACAUAUAAUGUUGGAAAGAACGAGAGAUAGACUGGGGACACGGAUGUGUGAAGUAUUGGCGGCGUAUCGUGUAGUCAGUGGGUUUGUUAUCGUGUGAACGAGAGUGAAGCAAGAGUUCUUUGGUGACAAUGACAGUGACCGCAGCUGGGAGUUGACAAACAUCUGGAGAGAGAUGUAACCAUUUCUUCUCUCAUUGCCAGACACUUACGCUCUCUUCAUUCCGCUUCACCUGGCUGAUCAUAAGUUUAUUACCUUUACCCGACAUACGUUUAUUACUUUUACCUGUCAUAGUCCGGUUUAUAACUUGUGACAGUGUGACAGUGUAAAUCUCUUGUCACAGGUUUAUCACUUUUUAUCGAGCUUAAUCCUGGGCUAACAAGUUAUACCUGCCUCAACCCAGGCUCACAUGGUGUACCCGGCUUUGACGGUUUAUCACGUGUACCUGGAUUUCACAGGUGUACUUUGCUGUUUUCACAGGUUGUCGUGCUUGACGCUUAGUUUAUCAUUGACCUGGCUGAUCCCAGACAACAGCCAUUGUUAAGCUGAUUGUAGUUUCUUGCCAUCGAGGACUCAGAAGACGAUAAUGGGGGAAGGGAAGGGGUUGGUGUUUUACGCCCAGCCAACAGCUACGGUGUCACGGUAAGGCAGUCCUCCCUGUAAACAGAUGCCACGUGCAAAGAACAGCGGGCGGAGACGAGAGCUGAACAGGUAAAAGUAUAAACUUCAGACAUGUUCAGUCACCGAGAAUGAGACAGUAGCCGAAGAACAAUUAAAGAAAUAAUGAUUUUUUUUUAAAUUUCAAAAAUACGGUAGAGACAAAGCUGAUGUAUGCUGCUUUAGAGAAAAUGGUGUACAAUAUUAAGCUUUUGUAUUUUAGAAUGAACAAUUUUAUUCAUUAUUCUUCAUUUUUUGCUUGAAAGGUUGAGAUUGAAUCCAUUUGAGAGCUUGGUUUGGAUCCACAGCUUCAGAAACAGCGAUAAAACAAGAUAUACAUUGGUUUGAAGUAAAAACAAACACUAAACACACACGUCAUAAAAUAAGGUUUAAACAGGUUUGAAACAAGAAAGGUACUUCUAGUAGUAUAUUUAUAUUAUAUAUUAAUACAGACAAAGUUUAUUAUUUAGGGAUAGAAAAAAUAAGAAUCUUAUCAAGCUAUCAACAUAUCGGCGAAUGCCACACUACAUCCACUGGCAAAGCGGGAAUUCCUACAGACGGAUACAACUACACAGACCACUACACAGACUUAGUCUGGUCCGAGGAACUGAGACACGUACUAUUCAGGCGAGAAACUUUAAAACAAACAAACAAACAAACACACACACACACACACAAACAAACAAACAAACAAACAAACAAACAAACAAACAAAUAAACAAACAAACAAACAAACAACAAACAAACAGCAAGAAAGAAGCUACUGAUAGUCAAAUGUAUUCACUUCGACAAAAAGAUAUUCCUCGGGUAUGCAUGAGACGACAAAAAUAUUUAUUUGUUCGAAACUAAUCAGCAUCAUGUCGACUGCAAUGUUCAAUUUCGAAUUUUUUACAAAUCUCUACUGCUACUCACGUAUUAUCAAGUCAAUAAAAACCAUGUAUCAAACAUA